AUGACGCUCGAGACGCAGAGCGAUUCGGCGAGCAACGUUGGUUCGGGCGAUGCUUCGAACGACAGCUCGGUCAGCGCAGGUGACGAUACGUUUGGUCGCGGUUUGUACGCUGGGCGCGAUCCAGAGCUCAAGACGACCUCGUUUUGUUCCGAACAGUGUCUCGCGUCGCUCCGCUUCGACCUUGCCAUGGAUGCCCACUGUCCCAACGUGCGACUUCAUCUGCAACUCAAGACGAAGCUCGAUAACACAUCGCUAGGCUCGGGUCGGAAGGACCGGCUGUCGGGCGUUGACAAGCACGCCAUCACGUACCAACAAGUGGUCGAGGAUCUCGCGUCUCAUCUGCGUCCGGGCAAGAUCUGGCAUGUGAUGGAGCCUGUUCUGGGAGCACGUGGACGCACCGCUCAGAUGUUCCGCGUAGUCCACCCCGAGGCCGGCUACGCCUUCGCAGCCAAAGGCGUCGAAUCCUCGCUCGUCCACUCGCUCGAAAAGGAAUCGGCCAUCUACGACUACAUCCUGAAUCGCGUCAUGACGAGCGGCAAGGGGUUCGACAAGCUCUACCCGGCUCUGGCCACGCUGCCGUCGGACAAGCUCUCGGGUGGCCCGUCUGGCGUGCAAAUUCGCGUUCCGCUCUCCUUCGGCGUCAUUGCAUCCAAGGAAGAGGACAACGAGGUGAGCUACCCCUUCCGAUAUAUCAAAGGCAACACGUCCUACGACGACCCCAUCGAUGCCAGCUCGUUCCUGCUCCUGUCCUACCACGGGGGACAGUUGCGCGAUACAUCCAUCCGCGAACGGAUGCUUUCCAAGGUCAACGCCGACAGCAACGACGACGAGCUCGACCUGGACGACGUGGCAGAUGAGUGUGAAUCUGCGCUUGCACGCCUCGGCGUCGAGCAGAACUCGCUCCACUACCGCAACCUCCUCUGGAGCGACAAGCUCAGUUCGGUCUUCAUCAUCGAUUUUGGCCGCGGCACCUACCCUCGGAAACUCGGCUACCCGAGCCACGAGGAGUGGAAAAAGCUCCUGGCUGUGCUUGAUGCUGAGAAGCGCGAGAAGGUCGAGGAGAAGGAGAAAGACAAGGUCGAAGACAAGGUCGAAGACAAGGUCGAAGACAAGACCGGAGACCAGUUCGAAGGCAAGGUCAAAGACAAGGUCAAAGACAAGGUCAAAGACAAGGUCAAGGAGAAGGUCCAAAUCAAGGUCGAAGUCGAGGUCGAACAGAAGGUCGAACAGAAGGUCGAACAGAAGGGCGAACAGAAGGUCGAACAGAAGGUCGAACAGAAGGUCGAACAGAAGGCUCGAAGACAAGGUCGUAGGCAAGGUCGAUGGCACGGUCGAAAGCACGGUUGA